GUGUAGCAGCGUGCAACUCAGCUGAGUGUGUGUGUGUGUCAGAGUGCGCCUCACAUGGAGUGUAAUUAAACUCAGCGAGGAACUAAAGAAGAAGAGAGGAAGGAGGAGCAGGAGGGGACACAGUCUAAAGUUAGUGAAGAGGGGAGAAGAAGAAGAAGAAGAAGAAGAAGAGGGAGAGGGAGGAGGAGGAAGACAGAGGAAUGAAAAGCUGAAGAACAAACAAAAGGUGGACACUGAGAGACAGUCCAAGGAGCACUGGACGACACUGCACUGAUACUACUGCUGCUGACAGCAACACUGCUGAGUGGGAGACGUGGAGAGGAAUGCUGGGAAGGAUUAUCUCUCCCUCAGGACUCAACACUAAUCUCUCUCUCUACACACACACACACAAACACACCUUGUGUAUCUUGUAAAAGACCUUUGGCAUGUGGAUUACUGACUUUGUGGCCUCUGCAGGGUAGCCAUGUUUGAAGUCCUAGAGUGGUUUAAACGUAGUAAUCAUUCAUUGUAGAGUGUAAUACUUGUAAGAAUGGCAGUUUGAGUGUAGUACUUUCAUAAUAUACUCUCUUUAAACAUAAUUCCUCAAAGUAUAUCAUGCUAUUGUAUACUGAUGUUGUGUUAUGUUGUUGCUGUAGCUGCAGCAGAGUACAUUUAAUUUAGCAGUUUAGCAGUUUUAAAGUAGAGUCCAGUGUUUUGAAGUUUCUGGAGCAUAGGGAGUCCUGUUCAUAUGACAGCUUCGGAGGAGUUCUUUAAAGGUCCCAUAUUCUACUAAUUUUUAGUUUCAUAUUUGUAUUCUGGGUUUGUACUAGAACAUAUUUUCAUGCUUUAAUGAUCAAAAAUCACAUUAAUUCUUUCAAACUAUCUACCUGAAUAUACCUGUAUUCACCUGCUGUCUAAAACGCUUUACCGCCGGUCUCUUUAAGCCCCCUCCUAAGAAAUAGACCAGUCUGCUCUGAUUGGUCUGCGGGUGUUCCUCAUCUGCUGGGGUCUUUGCGCUGUCAUUGCAAACUGGGGAACGACUGUAACCGCACUGCAGCAGCCGUUUCUACCUUUAUUCAGUAAAGCUGUGACAUCACAACUUCAACAGAACUCCUGGCGGCUUGUUUUAAAGGCACAGGUUCUAAAUACAGAUUUCUCAGAGGACUGAUUGUGAAUCUUUUUACAGUAUUCAUAUCACACCUACACCUGCUUUAUCAUAAAAAAGACAUGGAAAUCUGGCUUUUCAGAAUAUGGGACCUUUAAAUGUAAUGGUUUUAGUAAUGCACGCCGGUGUGGGCCCUUGGUUGUAGUUCUUUGAGUAGACACAAUCAUGGAUCUAGGUCAUAUUCCUACUAUGAUAGCUUUAUGACGGCAGUAAAGCAAUUUGGUACUGAGAGCCUUGUGUCUAACCAGAGUCCCAUUCAUGGUCGUCACAUUUGUAAGGAAGAUUUAAUUGGCAGCUUAGUGGUUUCCUAGAAAGCCUCAACAAUCUGCGGUCGGACUGCCUCUCUACAUGGAAUUCAUUUGAACUCCUUUGGGAAUAUUUGGAAUACCUAAAGAAACAUUUGGAGUCCUUCUUUGGGAUUGCUUGGACUACACGGGAGAUUCAGGACCAAAGUAAUAUAUGGACUUUUCUUUUGAGGAAUAUUGCGAACUUUGCAAGAACUACCCAGAAUUACAGUAGUUACAGCUCAUCCUGCCAAAAUGUUACAGGUCCAGAGACCAGAGUAUUGGAGUGUUUGGAACAUAGUGCAGUCCUGUUAAUAUGACCACUUAAGAGGAGUUCUUCAAAUGAACUGUAGUGAUGUACCCUGGUGCAGCCCUUUGGCUAUAGUUCUUUGAGUACACACAAUCAGUCUUUGUCUCGUGGUUGAGCAACUGGUGCACCUUUCUUAGAAAGCCUUAAGAACCGUCUCCUGCACAUGGUAUUCAUUUCCAUAAAGGAACGUUCGGAGUCUUCUGUUAGGACUGAAGUCCUUUAUGGUCUUUCUUUCAAAGAGUAUUGCAAAUGUUGCAUUGACUGCCCAGAAUUACAGCUCACCCUGCCAAAAUGUUACAGAGGUUAGGGUGAGGACCUGAACGAAUUGUCCGUCAUGGAUUCCGACCUGGGAGCAGACACUGAUCUGGGACACGAGGCUGGACUUGAAGCCUGUGGUGGUGCCUCUGAACAACAAAUGGAAGAGACAGAAAGAGAGGGGCUGCUAAACGUGAAAGAAGGUGAUGGAGAAUUCAGCUCUGCAUCCUCCUCCUCUAAUUCCUCCCUGCCUUCCUCCUCCACCCUCCCGGCAUUCCAAAUCUGUGUGGAAGAAGAGAAGGAAAUGCUGACCGGCUGCUCCAAGUCUUUAUCCGGGCUCAAGCUCUUCACAAGGAGGAAAGCGAUUGCCAAGUCUGGCCUGCACCAUCUACCCUGUCAACCUGGCACAUCAUCCCUGACCAAGACUGACCCGGAGGCAAAUAUCCGCAGCACCGUGGACUGGACUGAGACGGCUGUGUAUGGAGAUCAUAUCUGGUAUGAGACAAAUGUGUCGGGAGACUACUGUUAUGUGGGAGAACAGCACUGUAUUGCCAGAGCACAGCAAAAGUCUUUCAGCCGAAAGAAGUGUGCCGCCUGUAAGAUCGUCGCCCACACCAUCUGUAUAGAACAACUGGAGAAGUUUCCCAGCUCUAGAGCCAUUCUGUUGGAUGCCACCCUGCCCCUCAAUGACCCCAACUUUAGAAUUAACUUUAGGUGUAAACCAUCUUUCAGAGAAUCAGGCUCGAGGAACAUCCGAGAGCCCAUCGUGGUGCGUCAUCACUGGGUGCAUCGAAGGCGGCAAGAAGGAAAAUGUAAACAAUGUGGGAAGGGCUUCCAGCAGAAGUUUACUUUCCACAGUAAGGAGAUUGUGGCCAUCAGCUGCUCCUGGUGCAAGCAGGCUUACCACAACAAGGUGUCCUGCUUCAUGCUGCAGCAAAUUGAAGAGGCUUGUCCAAUAGGAGCUCAUGCUGCCCUUAUAGUUCCGCCCACAUGGAUCAUCCGAGUCCGACGCCAUCAGUCAUCUAUGAAGUCGAGUAAGAAGAAGAAGAGAACAUCAUUCAAGAGGAAAAGCAGCAAGAAAGGAGCAGAGGAAGGACGACAGUGGAAGCCAUUUAUAAUCAGACCCAUUCCUUCACCACUGAUGAAACCACUGCUGGUGUUUGUCAACCCCAAGAGUGGAGGAAACCAGGGCACCAAGAUCCUGCAGUCCUUCAUGUGGUAUCUGAACCCCAGACAGGUGUUUGACCUGAGCCAGGGAGGACCAAAGGAAGGCCUGGAGCUGUAUCGUAAAGUCCAUAACCUGAGGAUCCUGGCCUGUGGAGGAGACGGCACGGUGGGCUGGAUCCUGUCCUGUCUCGAUGAACUUGCAUUAAACCCUCAACCUCCGGUUGCCGUGUUACCACUUGGGACAGGAAAUGACCUUGCCAGGACCCUUAACUGGGGAGGGGGCUAUACAGACGAACCUCUGUCCAAGAUCCUGUCCCAUGUUGAGGAUGGAGCUGUCGUCCAGCUAGACAGAUGGAACCUGCAGGUUGAACCAAACCAAAGCGCAGGGGCUGAACUGGACGAACAACAAACUGAUAAGCUUCCUCUAGAUGUUUUCAACAAUUACUUCAGUCUUGGAUUUGACGCCCAUGUGACUCUAGAGUUCCACGAGUCAAGAGAGGCCAACCCAGAGAAGUUUAACAGUCGUUUUAGGAAUAAGAUGUUCUAUGCUGGGACAGCGUUCUCAGAUUUCCUGAUGGGAAGCUCCAAAGACCUGUCUAAGCACAUCAAAGUGGUGUGUGACGGGACAGAUUUAACAUCAAAGGUUCAGGACUUGAAGCUGCAGUGUCUGGUCUUUCUCAACAUCCCCAGAUACUGUGCCGGCACUACACCUUGGGGAAACCCCAGUGACCAUCACGACUUUGAGCCUCAACGCCAUGAUGAUGGAUACAUUGAGGUUAUUGGAUUCACCAUGACCUCACUGGCUACGCUGCAGGUUGGAGGUCAUGGCGAAAGGUUGAACCAGUGCAGAGAAGUGACCCUCACCACUACAAAGCCUCUCCCAGUACAGGUGGACGGUGAACCGUGCAGACUGGCUCCCUCUGUCAUCCACAUCAGCCUCAGAAACCAGGCAAACAUGGUGCAGAAAACCAAACGGCGGACGUCGCUGCCACACCUCAAUGAUCAGCAGCCAGUCCCAGAGAGGCUGAGGAUCAGGGUCAGCAGGAUCAGCAUGACCGACUACGAGGCUCUACACUAUGACAAGGACAAACUACGGCAAGCAUCCAUUCCUCUGGGACUGAUCGUGGUUUCUGGUGACAGCGACUUAGAAACCUGCAGAGAACACAUCCAGCGGCUGCAGGAGGAGGAGGCCGCCAAGAGUCUUUCCUCACAAAGAUUAUCUCCAAAGUGGUGUUUCCUUGACUCUACAACAGCAGAUCGUUUCUACAGGAUAGACAGAGCACAGGAACAUCUCAACUACGUAUCCGAAAUCUCCCAAGAAGAGAUCUUCAUCCUGGACCCUGAACUGGUUUUGAUGGCAACAGUUGCCACCUCCCCGACUGCCAUGCCUGACCUGGUUAACCCCGCCUCCAGCCUGGUAAACAGCAGGGACAGUUCCUCUGAUCAGACCUCCAACCAGGUGUUUGUUUACCCUGUGGACCCUUCCUCUCCGUCACCUUCGUCCUCUGUGCCCAGUUCUUCUCAGAGGCAGCGAGUGAACAGUGACAGCUCUGCUAGUGACGCUUUAGCACACGAUGCAGCACCUGUGACCAGCAAACUCAUCAGGGCGGGGUGCAUCCAUCGUUCCAACACCACAGCUGCUGAUUUCAAACCAAAGCUGAGACAGGAAAAGAGCCAAAAGACAAGUGAAACAGAAGGGGAGCGAGAAAAAGAAAUGCUGAUCGAGUGUGUGAAGAACAAGGACGUGAAGAAGCUGCAGGAGCUGCACCUGAAGGGGGCGGACCUCACAGCGCUGGACUCAUCAGGCUGCAGUUUGCUGCACCAUGCUGUCGCUACAGGAAGCAAAGACAUGGUCCGCUACAUCCUUGACAAUGCUCCGAGUGACCUGCUCGAUGUCACAGAGAAACUACACGGCGAGACGGUUCUUCAUCGAGCUGCAUCUCUGUGUCACAGGACCAUCUGUCAUUAUCUGGUCGAAGCAGGAGCCUCACUGAUGAAAACAGACCUACAGGGUGAUACUCCCAAGAACAGGGCUGAGAAAGCCAAUGACUCUGAACUGGCAGCCUAUUUGGAGAACAGACAGCAUUACCAGAUGAUACAGAGAGAGGACCAGGAAACGGCCGUCUGAAACUGCCGAACUCUUUCUGGGAAGGACGUGGGUGAAGACGCCGCUGUCUUCGUCCUCAUCGUCGCGAGUCUGACAGCAGCACAUUGAGGCCUGUGUGACGGGGAGGACUGGUACACGGAUUCCGGCGCGUGCUUUCAAGGAAUGACACGCGUCAGCAGAGUGCAGACUGAGAGUGAAGCUGUGCCAAAUCUGAUCACAACAUGCACUGAUGGUAAAGACAGCUGAAGCCUAUGUUAAUGAGGGAUAAACAGGAACAUUAUGAGAUGUAUAUGAAGCCAUUCCAUUUUAUUUUGAGUCGCUCAGUAAUAAAAAGUGUUUGUGAAGCCAAAACAAUAGAAACAGCUGCGGGAUGAUCCGAAUCUUGUUCUUGACUUUGAGAAGCAUUUUGGGAUCAAACUAAAAGUGAUCAUCGGCCAUAAAUCAGAUUUAAUGCAAUGUUUGUUAUUAUGUUUAUUAUCAGAGAGUAAAUUGAGUCUGUCAUGGCUUAAGAAAACGAGGAACUACGGAGCAAAAGUUCGCCUCACCAAAAUUUCAGAUGUUUUAUGUAGGUGAGAUUAUGAAAUAUUGUGUGUGCGUAGUAUUGUCAUUUUGGCCUGAAGAUGGCGUUAGGUUAAUGUUGAUUGAACGUCCAAUAAAGAAAACCUCUGGGGAAAAAUUUGGGCUCAGUGGAGCCGUUAGGAUUCAUUCUCUUGGGACCAUGAGAGCUAAUUUCAUCAAAAUCAGACCAUUAGUUUUUAGAAUACGAUUAUUCAUGGCAAUCUAGUUGUUCUUGUUUGGACCAAAGUGCUGGACUGAUUGACCAACCGAGCCAUUUACCAUCAAGAACAGUGACACCCCUGUUUGUUCACUGGGAUGAAGCUCUGUGAUUAUUUUGCUGACUCUAAAUGCCAUCAUCAGUUAUGUUGUGAACCGGCUUCGGUUGGUCUUACCUCACCCAUUUGACUUUAUCAGUUUGUUGUACAUAGUGUAUUUUGUUGACUUAUAUCAACAUAUUCUAGAGAUAAUUAUUAUUUAUGUCGGGAAGUAAUCAAAGUAAUGUUUUUCUGGUGCCUGUGCUGAACGAUUGGAUGUCUGAGGUGAAUUCAUGGUCCAGUGUGUAGGAUUUAUGGGGAUAAAUUGGCCAAAUUUAAAAUGCUUAUUUUCUUUAGUGUAUCAUCCCCUGAAAAUAAAAUGGUUGUGUUUUCAUUA